AAUUGGACAGGAAAUAACGAAGAGCGUAGAAUGCCCUGUCGGUGGUGAACAGCAAAAUGGCUGCACGGUCAGUUCAACAAACUGUAAAACAAGUUAAACCAAUCCUUUCUGCUGACAGGGGUGAAGCAAGGCGACGUGUAUUAAAUCUUUAUAAAGCAUGGUAUCGCCAACUUCCAUUCAUUGUGAAAGAUUAUAACGUACCUGUAACACUAGAAACAUACAAAGCAAAAUUAAGAGAACAGUUCAUGAAAAACAAACAUUUAACAGACAUCAGAACAAUAGAUCUUGUUGUGAUUAAGGGUCAAAUGGAGCUUGUAGAAACCAUUAAUAUAUGGAAACAAAGAAAUCAUAUCAUGAUGUACUUUCAUGAUACAGAAACACCUAGGCCAACAGACUUUUUGUCCAAAUUUUACGAUGGUCAUGAAUAACAACGGAAAAUAAGAUAUUGUACAUUAACAGUUUGUGCAGUCUUUGCUAUUGAUACAGUGUUAGCAUAUUUAUUAAAAAAGCAAAAAGAAAUUAUGCAGUGAUUGUUUUCGUCUGUAUUAUUAGUGAAACAAGUGCUCAGUUCAGAAUGUUGUAUUUUUGCUAUGGAGAAUAAAUAAUUCAGACCUUGAUCUUGAGUAAGUGUGAAAAUUAUGGUAUUUAGAUUUUAACUUCCUGAUGUGCAGAGAUGAUAAGUACAUCUAUACAAGGACACCCUGUCUUUAAAUCUGGUACAGAUUACAAUAAUUAUUGUACCGAUUGUUGUCCUUUAAUCUACUUCUAACUGGCUGAUUACAUUGAACUGGACAUUCAUCUGUGACCGUUCCUUAAGAUAUUGUAAUGAUGUAAUGAAUAGGAAAAUAACUUGAAAUACUU